UUCUGUUUGCUCGCUACACUAAUUUUCCUUGCAUUUUUAUCUUUGUAUGGAGAAUUAUUCAGUUAUCGAAUAUCAUUAUGAGUAGUAAAAAUCAGCAGCCUUCAAAAGGAAGUGCUGUUACGAAGAAAGCAGAAUUAGCACUGAUUGAGAAACUGCUACCAGAGACUUACUUUUCUGAAAAUGAGUUCAAAUAUAUUAUCAAAUUCUUUAAAAAGCAUUCAAAUGAAACUCCUUUCAUCGAAAAGCCGGACUUUCUGGAAAUGCUGCAUGAAGUUUUUGGAUACACAGAGCAUUUUUUCAUGAACAGAGUUUUUCUUCAGGCUGAUAUAAACAAAGACGGGAGAAUCGGCUUGGAAGAAUUCAUUCGUUUAAUGUCUCUGUUGCUUCGAGGAGCAAAAGAAGAAAAAAUAAGAUUUUGCUUCAAUUGCUACGACUUGAAUGAAACAAUGCAACUGAGUCGAGAUGUCAUCAUCACACUCCUUAAUCAGACAAGUACAGAGGCAGUAGAGAGAAAUCCAGAUAUGGUAUUAGAUCUUCUGGAAAUGAUACUGAAGAAAAUGGAUCAAGACGGAGAUGGUGUUCUCAUCUUCGAGGAAUUCAAAAACGCUGCUUUGGAAGACUGGCUAUUGAUAGAGGCAUUCGGGCAAUGUUUGCCAGAUUAUAAGUGCCAUGUGUCUUUCCUGGAACGAAUGGCUAAGCAAUAAAUCGAGAAAUAAUGAGAGAAAUGAUUUCUUCUUUUAGCUGAUUAUGUCUAUAUACUGGGUACUUUUAUAUGUAUAAACUGCGAAUUGUGAAAAAUAAAC